CAAUCGUUAAGUGCAGCUUCAUAUAUUUCAAUUAACGUCAAUUACAAUUCAAAUUCAUUCAAGAACGAAAAAAAAAACAAAAAAAGAUGAGUUCUUGUUUAAAAAUCGGAUUUUUAGGAGGCGGAAAGAUGGCACAAGCAAUGGCAAAAGGAUUUAUUUCAGCAGGACUUACAAAAAGUGAACAUAUUGUCGCGAGUGAUCCUGUCGAUAUGGCAAAAGAUGCUUUCAAAGUAAGAAAUUUCAUGAAAAAAUAUUUUUUUUAUAAUUUUUUUUUCAAGUCUUUAGGUUGCACAGUAUUCGAUGAUAACGAAAAAGUCGUAAAAAACUCAGAAAUCGUAUUUUUGUCUGUUAAACCUGUUAUUAUGCCUUCCGUUCUCGCACAAAUCCGUAACUUGAGUGCCGACAAACUUUUCAUAUCGAUCGCCAUGGGAAUCACGCUUCAACAACUCGAAAAAGGACUUUCUGACAAAUCUCGUGUAAUUCGUGUCAUGCCAAAUACUCCAAUGCUCGUCAAAAAAGGAGCAAGCGUUUAUGUGAAAGGCUCAAAAGCUACAAGUAACGAUGCGAAAACAACUCGACAACUUUUGGAAUCUGUCGGUAUUUGCGAAGAAGUACCCGAAAGUUAUUUAGAUCCCGUAACAGCUCUCAGCGGAUCAGGUCCUGCUUAUAUUUUUGUCGCUAUCGAAGCAUUAGCGGAUGGCGCAGUGAAAAUGGGACUUCCGCGAGAACUCGCAUACAAGUUGGCAAGUCAAACGGUACUUGGAGCGGGAGAACUCGUAUAUCAAAAUAUCAAUAUUCGACAUCCGGGACAAUUGAAAGAUGAUGUUUCGAGUCCUGCGGGUUCAACAACUGCUGGAUUGGGCUUCCUUGAAAAGAGCAAUUUUAGAUAUGCAUUACAAGGAGCUGUCGAAGCCGCAUGUGAACAAUGUCGUAAAGUUUCGUCGAAAAAAGACUGAUUUCGCUUUGUACAUCAACUACCUAAAAGGCAUGAUUUUAUUAAAUAUAGUUUUUUUUUCUUUAAAUACAA